AAAGAUUUAAGGAAGUGGAAGGAAAAGCAUAGUAGUCAGGAAAUCUCUUCACAUUUGCAUUGACCGCUGUAGGACAAGUAGCACUACUGAAUCUUCCAAACAAACACUUUAGGAGCUGAGCUGAGAUUAAAUGGAAGGGUGUGUAUCGAACACACAAAAUGAGAAAGCGAUGUUGAUUCUGAAAACAGCUCUUUUCCUACUGGUCCAUGGAUUUCAAGGUACCAACAGCCUAUGGACAGUCUCCAAAGUGGCCGUGCAGGCUGGAGGCUCUGUCACUAUCCCAUGCCACUACCAUCGCAUGUUCCAGCAACGCAUGAAAUACUGGUGCAAGGGACGCAGAUGGAAUGUGUGUAGAGAACUUGGCCGCACCACAUCAAAACCCAGGACAGAAGGGUUUUCCAUCACGGACUACCCCUCGGAGCAGUUCUUCACCAUCACCAUGACCAACCUCCAAGAAAAGGACACUGACCGCUAUUGGUGUGCUGUGAAGAGAAGUGCCUGGGAUAGUGUGAGAGCAUCCAUGGAAGUGGAGGUGACUGAAGAUCCUCCAGAUUUGUCUGUCAGAGAGAACAUGGUGUCUGUUGAAGAGGGAGCCAAUGCAACCAUUACCUGCUCGUAUACGGACAGAUUGAAGAGUUCCGAAAAAAUGUGGUGUGAGAGUGGAGAUUUGCUCUCAUGUAAAUCUGGACUGACCUCGACCACAUCACAGGAGCCAUCUUUCACAAUCGCUGAUGACGGCAGCGGAGUUUUUAACGUAACUGUGGUGAAAUUGCAGAGGAAGCACACUGGAUGGUACUGGUGUUCAGCUGGUGGCCUACAGGCGCCUGUGCAUAUUAAUGUGACAAGGAGACCUGAUGAACUUAUCAACAUUACAGGUAACUUUAAUACAUAGGUCUGAAUCUCUUAUUAACUGCUUUUGACCCCAUGGUCAUGCUCGCUGUCAUAUUCCCAUGUGCCAUGAAGAGGGACUUCUCCUCUUAUAUGAGGCCUACUGUUAUUUUUCACAAUUACAAUCACAUUUUUUUGGUGUCAUAAACAGGAUUCACUGACUACAUUUUCUUGUUUGAACAGCUACGACCCAGAGUGUUUUGUCAGUGUCGUCUCCAGUUUCAUCAGCCCAAACGCCACACACAAUCUUUAGCAUUUCCCCCUCACACAGUACAUCAACAUCACACAUGGCUACAUCUGUAAAUCCAGAGAGCACACCUAGCUCCAAAGUCACAUUUUCUCCACAAGUGUAUCUAAGCAGCACACCUGUCGGCACCACCAUCAUCCCUAUGGACUCCACAACACAUGCCAUGGCAGCUUCUGUAGUGCCGAGCACUGAAGCAGUAAGUCCAAGGACGAGUGGGGCAACACCAGGCACACAUUUGUCAUCAGCGGCCCCCACCAUGGGCUCUGUCACUACACUGUACUCUCCUACUGCAUCUUCAAACAACACAGACAGUGCUGAGACCCAACACAGCGCGCUGGUCUGGAGAUCAGUGGUGAUUUCCAUUGGAGUUGUAAUGCUGCUGAUUAGUGUAGGAGUCUGCUCUGUCAAUCUGUGGCAUCACCAGAGAAAAUCUGAAAAUAUUGUAGCAUUGGAUGAUAUGAUGGAACACUUUGCCUUGGAUGAUGAUGAGGACAUUUCAAAAGACUGGCCUCAGUCCUGUCUGCUGUAUCCCAGUGAAGAACCUGACCAAGCACCUGAUCAAGCGCUCUAGCACAGCAAUAAAACCGUUUUUUUUUUGUGUUGUAUUGUAUUUGUCUAAUUCAUUAUUAAAUGUAAUUUAUAAUAAAAAAUGUUUUGCUUCAGACAAUAUUAUCUUGAUCUGUCAUUUGGCCAAAAUAUCCGUAUGGAUUACAACAUGCAGGGUAGCACAAAAGUCAUUAUUUACUGUAAUGUAUUACUUUUUUGCGUAACAUGUACAGUUGAGGAAGAUAUUAUUAGUCCCCCUCCUGAAAUUAGACAUAUCUCUUGAUUUAUCCGUGAGAAUGACCAUUAUUAACAAGUUUCUUUUAUUCUGGAAACAAAUACACUAUGAAGAUAAUAAGUUGAAUUUGGAUUGUUACAACGAGUUCAAACAAAAAAAAGGCAAAAAUGACAAGGACAAAAUUAUAUGCAAAUGUGAUAUGGCAAUCUGACUGUUCAGUUGGGCAUCUGGUUAAAACUGCGCUGAAGGUUGAACUGCAGACUAAACAAAUUUAAGAACUCUUUUAUCCCUAAUGCCAUAAGUAUGCUAAAUGGUAGACAGACAUGCCAUGCACAGACAGUGCACAGUUUUUGAUGGUCUCUAUAUUUUUUAUGUUUUUUAUGUUCUUCAUAUUAUGUUGUAUGCAUGGUAUGUAAGUGAGUAGGCCUACUGCAUGCAAUGCAGUGAUUGUUGAAGCCCAAGACAAAUUUCCAACUGGAGACAAUAAUUACACUCUAUACUCUACACAGUUCAGUGGUUUAACUGGUUGAGUUCAUCCAUCGUCAUCUGCAUCAUUACUCUGCAGCUUUACUUAUCUGAUCUUGUGCAAUGAUUUGGUUCUUUGAUUCACUGCUUACAAAUAAAAAUGAUCGUGAAACAAUGAAUUCAUAAGCCAGUG